AGAAGAAGAAUAUCCUCUGUGACGUCACCGGCGUGUUGUGGAGAGGAGCUGGAGGAAGAUGGCGGGGUCCAAGGUGAAGCAGGACAUGCCUCCUCCGGGAGGCUAUGCUGCCUUCGAUUAUAAGAGAAAUUUACCGAAACGAGGACUUUCGGGAUAUAGUAUGUUCGGCAUUGGCAUUGGCAUCAUGGUGUUUGGUUACUGGACUUUUAAAUGGAACAGAGAGAGGAGGCGUUUGCAGAUCGAGGAGCUGGAAGCCAGGAUAGCUCUGAUGCCUCUACUGCCAGAACAUGACCGAAGAACCUUACGUAUGCUGAGGGAAAACCUAGAAGAGGAGGCGAUCCUCAUGAAGGAUGUUCCAGGUUGGAAGGUCGGUGAGAGCGGUCUUCCACACAGACCGCUGGGUUACUCCUCUGUCACAGGAACUCUUCAACCUCAAGCCCCGGAGGAGCUUUUGCACAAGCGCUUUGGCUUCUUGUGGUACGUGUGAUCAGCGGUAGAGGAACGGCAUCCUGAGCUCCUCCACCUUCCACAGCCGUCACUCGGUUCAGCUUGUAAAUGUUCAAUAUUAAAGUAUCUUUUUUUUCUGUAA